AUGACGGACGUGCUUGAGUUUUUUGUUCCGUCCCACGCCCGCGAUUUGGAGGAUCUAGAGAAAACCGGGCCGACCCAGUAUCAUGUUAGUGAACCAUGCGAAUUUGACGUUCACCCGAGACAACAGGUGGAUGAUUUGGCAAGGCUUUUUGAUUGCCUCCAUAGAGAAAAAUCUCCCACAUCACUCUUUUCAAAACCGGAACUAUUCACGGCUCUCUUUUCGUACAUAAAGGCAAUUGAGAGUCCCGAGACCAAUCAACCUGUCACAAAGCAGGCUAGGCAUAAGAUUUGUCAUGAAGUCUCUGAACGCUUAAAAAAGCUUCUACAAAUUUCUCUGGCCUAUUUUCGCAAAAAAGCCAACGGUGGCGUAAAUGAAGCCCUAUUAGUUUGCUUACGCUCCACUGUGAAAAUGUACGUAUUUAUUUUGUGUAAUAUACUUUUAUCUUCGGCGCCGAUACUUGAGGAUGAUGAAAAUCUUUCUUACUCCUCGCAGCGGAGUGCACGCAAGCGAAAACGUGCAAAAAAUGAACAGGAUACUGGUAUUGGUGAAGAUUGCAGUGGUGUAGAUCAAGACGGCCGUGAGCUCGCACUCACUGCCUUAAUCGAUGUUUGUUCACCGGAUUUAUUAACGAUGUGGGGAAUUCACAUGGAGGAAAACAUGCUAAACCUAAUGCUUCGUAUGGUGCUUCAUAUGAUAACUCAAAAAGCGAAUGUUCAAAAUGAUGCUCAGCCCGUUUCAGGUGCCCUUGCAGUUCUUCUACUCAGAGUCUCUGGUCACAUAGUGGCUCAAGGAUCCGUUGCUCCAUGCGAUUUUAUUGUGCCAUUGAUUGAAUUGGCCUUAAAAACAGAGUCUGCAGCCCAGUUUCUCACACGUUUUGUUUCAGAAGCAGAGAGUGGGGAUAUUUCAAACGAUUCCACAAAUAAUAUCGUCAUCGCACUCAUUGAAGGAAUGGCUGUUGCCGCACUUCAUGAUGUUUCCGGUGAUGCUGGAGCAGCAAAAACAUGGCACUGUUUUUCAGCGAGGUUGCAAAACGUUGUGUAA